AUGCGACCUCUGCCCAGCAAGCGGAAUCCUUUGAUUGCGCCUGGCGCAGCACCUUCCUAUGAAGAGCUGGUCAGCCGUCGGCGACUGGGCAAGACAAAACUGACGGUCAAGCCGGGGCAAGUGGGAACAUCGAAUGCGACAAAGGCAGAAAAUCUGGGGCCGUUCGAGUAUGCCCAUCUGCGGGCUCCUUUACCGGAAGACCUCACCGGCUCCGAGAUCUUCGCUACUCAAUCGAACCAAGCCCACCCGGAAACAUAUUUCCUCAUGAGGAGGAGUAAAGAUGGCUUUGUGAGCGCGACCGGCAUGUUCAAGAUCGCCUUUCCUUGGGCUGCCCAUAUGGAGGAAAAGGAAGAGCGCGACUACCUCAAGAACCUUGAAUCAACGAGUCAGGACGAAGUCGCGGGCAAUGUCUGGGUGGCACCGGAAUUCGCUCUGGAACUGGCCGAAGAAUACGGGCUAUCAGAAUGGAUUCGCGCGCUUCUCGACCCAACAGACAUCACGCAAACGCCUUCGAGUUCCAAAAAGCCAAUUGCUGCGCCUCCCAAAUUCGAUCUACCCGGCGAUAAGCCUAAAUCAACUCCUCCCGCCAAAGCGCCUCGUACGAGAGUAACGCGGUCGGCGUCGCCUGCCAAAGCUGCAAGUCCGCCCAAAGUGAAGGCAUCUCCCAGAAAGAGACAGACAAAGGCUCAGAAAGAGGCCAAUCUCGCCAAUGCCAAUGCGGCGAGCGCGUCUCUCCAGUCUGCCCUCGACGACGCCGCAUCUGUGGCGGAAACCGAAUCAAAGCCAGAGUCACCGUCGUUGCCUAGCCCCCCGACGACAAACCCGGAGCCGGAGAUGGUGAAGGUUGAAGUCGAACAAUCAAUUGAAGUCGAUGGCACGACAGAGACUACGCACACGAAUGUGACGGUGGAGAUACCGGCCGGCCUGCCAGAGUUACCACUCCCGGAGGACACGGAGAAAAUGCUUGAGACGGCCAAAAAGAUGGUCGAAGAGGCCAAGACCCUGGAAAGCUCUCCGAAGAUCUCCAAGAAGCGCAAAGCGCAAGAACCAGAGCCGAGCGACAUUGAUGCAGAGCUUCCAGCACAACCCGCCAAGAAGGCGAGGGUAUUGGAAGAGAAAUUGAAGAGAGAAAAGGUCCGAACCAGGGCAGUGUUAGGUGUCACGGCGACACUGGCCAUCGCCGCUGCAAUCCCAUACUUUUUCUGA